ACGAUGUUGAUGGAGAGGUGGUCGACCAAGUCGAGUACGAGGAACCAUUGUUUGUCGAUGAGAUCACGGACGAGGAGACCAACGCCGAGUACACCAUGGCAAGAUCGGGUGAUUGGUGCAAAACGUGCGCGUGGCAACGGCGCACACAACUCAUCGAGGUCAAAGAAUCCGAAGAAGCCAAGGUCAAGGAGACUAUUUGGGUCAUGGGCGAUGGAGGCCAUGACGAGAUGCACGCACCGUAUAAUGCACAUGAAGAGAUGUUUGUAGUCGAGGUGUUGGUACAGGUCGAUGAGGAUCAUGAGAGGGAUGUGCACGUGAUCGAAGAAGAAGUGCCCGAGAAUUGGAUGGUUGAGGAUGAGUCCUUGAGGACAAGGACAUUCUCAAAGGGGGCGGGAAUGAUACGGAAGUGGGUCCCGGACCCCGAUGACAAGAAGAUCCAAGAGGCGAGACGACCUGAUGAGGCUGGAAAAAGGGCCAAAACAACACAUGCGUGGCCUAAAAGACGAGUACGAGCGCGUAUGCGGGGCAAUCGAGCACACGAGAAGCGGCGCGUACAAGGCAAUAGACAAGGGCGGGCACACGCACAAUGGCGUAGACGUGCAUGGCGAUUGGAGAUUAGGCGGAGUGGCGCGCAGGGGGAGGUUGUUAGGUGGAUAGCGCGCGAGGGGGAUUGCUAUGGGCCAAUGAACGGAUGUGCGAGUACAUGCGGGUGGGCAGGUACGAGCCAACGACGCGCAUCGGGACUUGAUGCGCGCGAGAGGACGAGCGAGCGAGAGGGUGCGUGCGAGGGUUGGAGCGACACGCGGACGGCUGGAGUAUGCGCGGGUGGCAGCAACGCGCUGGGCGCGGCACACGGACGGAUAGCGUGCGCGAUAAGCGCUGCGCGCGAGACAAGCGCGCGGGUUGCCGCGCGCCACGAGGAAUACGUGCAGAGCGCGACAGCGCGCGAGUGGAAGGCACACACGG